AGAUGUGAAAAACUAGCCGUGACCGCGACAUGUACGCAAUAAGCCGUGUUCGCCCGCACGCGGUGAAUAAAACCAGCUGUGACCGCACCCAAGCGGUGUGCAAAGGAAGCCACCGAAGUGACGAGGCCCCGCCGUGGGAGAACAGGACCCAAAGAAGGGACACAAGGAUCCGACAUGGACAACCCAAGGACGAGCGACGCACAGCCUCUAGAGGCAGAGGAUGGCACGGAGGGGCAUCCUAGGGGUGCGUCGCCGCCCAGCUCAAGGCAACCACGGUCCACGACCAGCCAACCACAAGCAAAACACCACUCCCCGACCCCGCAAGCAGAACCGGGCAACACCACGCAGCAUGGACCAUCAACAGGAGAACCCAAACGGCCCGAUCCCGGACACCAGCUGGGACGACGGGUGGCACGCCAGACUGCAGGAGUGGGACGCGCAGGAGGAGGCGGCAGCCCCGGAAAGAGGGGAGAAUCCCGAUUGGCAGCCGCUGGACCACGCACCAAUGAAGUGGCUAUCGCCAGUUCCCACCGACCACAACGCCCCGAACCCGGAACCGACGAGCUGCACGGCCCGAGAGGCCGAACCAGGAAACCCGAGCCAACCAAAGGAGGACAGCGACCUGUCAUUGGGCUUGGAAGAGGCAGAGGCGGGCGGACUGCUCACAGCGUUCGAGGAGAUGCCCGAGCUAAACGCGCUGCAGGAGGAGCAGGAAUGGCCAAUCGCCCCAGUCGCCUGGCGGGUAAGCACGCCUGACCGCCGCAUCCCGCAAAGCCUGCUGGAAGGCGCCAGCGCUCAGGCAAACGCGGCGCGGCCCGGGCGCAGCCGGAUCCGCAGCCUAGAACACCACGACGGCCAACGCUUCCGCGUAUGCAUCAGCGGAAAUUUGGUGCGCAUUUCACCGCGCCCCACCCCGAAGUAGGAAGGGAGUGUGAAGGCGUAAGCCUCCACAACACUGACCACGACACCAUCCCCUGAAGGGACCGCCCCGACGACUUGUUAUCUAAUUUCAUUAUUAUUCACUAUUAUCCGAUUUUAUUACUUCUAUUUUUAUUAGUAUUACCAAGACAAACAACAAUGAAUCCUUAUUUUCACCCAUUAAAGUAAGAAAUAGGCUAAGAAACCCCAAAACAGUAGGCCUUUUUACUUAUUAGAACUAAGAGAACCAACCCGAAAGAGAUACGCUCGUACGCCCACGCAGCCAAAGCAAGGAAGAGAACGGCUAUACGCAGACGAAAAGAGACAACAUGAAAGAGAACGAAGCGGCAGAGAAGCCGCCGAUCGGUAUUACGCCCACGCAGCCGAGGAAAAGAGCCGACGGCGAAGCAGGCAAUACACACCCGCAGCCAUACACCCACGCAGCCGAGACCGGCAGCCGAAGGCGGCGCAACAGCGAAGCGGCAGAGAAGCUCCGAAAAAGAAAUAGCCAAAAUAGAUGUGAAAAACUAGCCGUGACCGCGCCGUGUACGCAAUAAGCCGUGUUCGCCCGCACGCGGUGAAUAAAACCAGCUGUGACCGCACCCAAGCGGUGUGCAAAGGAAGCCACCGAAGUGACGAGGACCCGCCGUGGGAGAACAGGACCCAAAGAAGGGACACAAGGGUGAGCCACCUCACGUAUGUGCGCUCUGGGGGGGAUAGAUCGGUGCAGUAGGCAGGUGUAAGCAGAACAUUCCCGCAGUUUCUUUACAUAUCUAUGCCCACAUGUUGUUUAUGAUAUUUUUUUUUGGCGUUUAUUUCCCCGCUGCAGGCGCGGGAUUUUAAGUAGGGAAAUGAUCCGAAAACAAUAAAGACACCAGCCUCAACCCAA